GGAUCGAGUAACGUUCGACAUUUGUGAUAGGUUUGCAAAAACUGAUAAAAUGAGUUUAUGGGUUGACAAAUAUCGUCCAACGACACUUGCGAAAUUGGAUUACCAUCUCGACCAAGCGGAGGACUUGAAAAAUAUGGUGCAGAAACGAGACUUUCCACACUUAUUAGUACAUGGACCCUCUGGCGCAGGAAAGAAAACUCGAAUAUUAUGUAUUUUAAAGGAACUUUACGGGGCUGCGGCUGAGAGAUUAAAAAUAGAAAACAUGCAGUUUGAGACACCGUCUAAAAAGAAAUUAGAGAUACUGACGAUAAGCAGUAAUUAUCACACAGAAGUAAAUCCAAGUGAUGCAGGGAUAUACGACAGAAUUGUUGUCAUGGAAUUAAUAAAGUCGACUGCGCAAACCCAUCAUAUAGAUAUAGGCCAGAAGGAGUUUAAAGUGGUGCUGCUGUCAAACGUGGAUCAACUUACGAGGGAUGCGCAGCACGCGCUUCGCAGGACAAUGGAGAAAUACAUCAGUACGUGCCGACUGAUUCUUUGCGCGAAUUCAACGUCGCGAGUUUUGCCCGCGAUUCGAUCGCGAUGCGUGCGAAUCCGAGUCCCCGCGCCAACUGCCUCCGAGAUCAAAAGCAUUUUACACUCGAUUUGCAAACGCGAAGGACUCACUCUACCCGAUGAGUUAGCCAAUCGGCUGGUUGAGGCUAGCAAUAGAAAUCUUCGACGAGCAAUACUGAUGCUCGAGGCUUGCAAAGUCGAGCAGUAUCCAUUUAAUGCUGAUCAAAAGGUAGCAGAACCGGAUUGGCAAGUAUACAUACGAAAUACAGCCAGUAUGAUGGUCUCUGAACAGUCCCCCAAAGUGCUUCUGGAUGUACGCAACAGAUUUUACGAUCUGUUAACGCGUGCUAUACCGAGCGAUCUAAUCUUCAGAGGAUUGUUGCAAGAAUGCGUAAAAAAUUGUGACGAUCAGUUGAAACGAGAAAUUAUCGAUGUCGCGUCGGAGUAUCAGCAUAGAAUGAUACGUGGUUCAAAACCAAUAUUUCAUUUGGAAGCUUUUGCCUCGCGGUUUAUGGCGAUUUACAAGAAAUACAUCGAAUCAUCCUUGGACGGUUUUAUAUAAAACUGUCUGUACUUCUAAGAUCUAUUUGUAAAAUAAAUAUUUUUUAUAUCUUUGAUAAAACGGUCACGAUACAGUAAACUCUUUAUCUAACAAUAAGUAUGCUUUAUUGAUAAUUUAAAAAGCGUAAAUUUAAGCCGUAUAGUUUUUUUAUAAUCAUUUCUGUAUAAUUUCACAGGUUUUCAUCUCGCUUUCUGUAUUUUGUGAUUGUGCUAAAAAAUUCCUGUUUUUUAGUCCCUUAUUUAGUAUUAUUUCUUCGUUUGUGCCUUAAGACUUGUACUAUCUUUUUACAAAA